AUGGCCGACGUAGACAAUGAGAUCACUGGGGCGUGUAUGAAUAACAAUGAGUUGACACCAUUUAAGGUCGUCGAUUUGAAAAGAUACCUUGCGAACCGGAAAUUGAAUGUAUCAGGUCUUAAAUGCGAAUUGAUUGAGAGGAUAAAAGGCGCAUAUAGACUUUCUAUAACUGACAAACGCGUGCUGGAGGAGAGAGAUCGGGAAGAAAGAGAGAGAAGAGCAACCGAACGCUUUAUCCUCCCAUGUGGCGAGGGUCUUCCACCGCCAUCAACACUGAAGGCAUGGAAGUCCACUAUUGAUCUGUUUCCUGCUGUAGAGGAAAAGGAUAUAUACAACUACAUUGUACUGAAAAGAGACUCGAAACGUCAAUUGAAGGCGAGGACUUAUUAUGUGGACGGACAUGUACAGAAAGUUGAGGUCGUCGAUUUGAAAAGAUACCUUGCGAACCGGAAAUUGAAUGUAUCAGGUCUUAAAUGCGAAUUGAUUGAGAGGAUAAAAGGCGCAUAUAGACUUUCUAUAACUGACAAACGCGUGCUGGAGGAGAGAGAUCGGGAAGAAAGAGAGAGAAGAGCAACCGAACGCUUUAUCCUCCCAUGUGGCGAGGGUCUUCCACCGCCAUCAACACUGAAGGCAUGGAAGUCCACUAUUGAUCUGUUUCCUGCUGUAGAGGAAAAGGAUAUAUACAACUACAUUGUACUGAAAAGAGACUCGAAACGUCAAUUGAAGGCGAGGACUUAUUAUGUGGACGGACAUGUACAGAAAGUUGAGGUCCAUCUCAUAAGCGAAGAGUGCAGCCACUGUUAUGUUCAAGCUUCCGUGCUGCCAUCAUUUCCAACUGCAGACAAAAGAAAGUCACCAGAGUACCAACCCUGGAUCCUUCUGUCGAAAGUGACUGGCUGCAUACACUCCGCGUUCUGCAACUGUCCAGCUGGUGAAGGUGAAUGCUGCAACCAUAUUGGUGCCCUGCUGUAUGGACUUGAAGACCUGACGCGUAAAAAAACCCUUGCUCCAACAUCCAAACCCUGUGCCUGGAACAACUUCAGCAUGCUGUCUGCACCACGGAAACGUAAGCUGUCGCCUAGGAAAUCUGAAGAUCUUAUGUUCUCAAAGAAGAAACUGUACAACGUGUCAGUACGUAAAGUUUCUGUAAACAAAAACCAUGAACUGAACUCUAUCAAUGGAUGCACUGUUAACAUUGACAGAUUUAGGCAGAAACUGGUUGGUUCGAAGUUGAAUGUAGGCUGGUUAAAAAACUUUGAAAUUGAAACAACUGAAAAUGAACCAGAUCUCCCUGUGUUACAUUCUGUGCCAUUCAACUACCAUGAUAGUGUAAACUUGAGGGACAGUUCUAGUAAGACAGUGUUUUUGGAUCAUUUUGACUCUUUGAAGCAAAGCGCUGAAGAAAUUCAAUUAACUGAAAUCUUAACAAGGGGCCAAAAAAGUGGGAAAUGGCAAGAGGCCAGAAAAGAACGCCUAACAGCUUCAAACUUUGGCAGCAUCUGUCGUAGGAAAGAAUCAACUGAACCUGACGGACUCCUGCGGCAGAUGUUGUAUUCCAAUUUCACAAGCAAGUACACAGAAUAUGGAAUUAAACAUGAGAAGGCUGCAAAGAGAAUGUAUGCGAAAGCAAUGCAAACUGACCACAAAGGACUAGCAGUUAAAGACAGUGGUCUAGUUGUAUGUGCCGACAGACCCUACCUUGGUGCCAGUCCAGAUGGGCUUGUGUUCUGUUCACAUUGUACAGAAAGUGUUGGUCUGGUUGAGAUUAAGUGUCCUGCCUCUAAGAAAUGGAGGAUGCAAACGCCUGAGGAAUGCUGUGAAGACAAUGAUUUUUUUUGUCAGUUAGAGAAUGGCAAGGUGUUACUCAAGGAAACACACAAAUAUUACUACCAGGUCCAAGGGCAGAUGGGAAUCACCGGGAGGAAAUGGUGUGAUUUUGUAGUUUGGACAUGUGUAGGUCUUUCUAUACAGAGAAUUGCAUUUUGUGAAUCAUUUUGGCUGAAAAUGUUGUGUCAACUUGACAGAUUUUGCCUUGAAUCAUACAUUCCUGAACUGUACGCACAACGUGUUAAAAGGGGAAUGAGUCUGUUCAAUUGAUUUGUACAUCGUCUAGUUAUGUGUUGUUUAUACAUGUACAUUUGAAUGAUCAAUAAUGGCAAUUUAUGUGAAUAUCUUGUUUGCUUUCAGUUAUUUUCAUAACUAUAUUCAAAAUGAAACUCCAAAAUGACUGUA